CUCAAGUCUCGGGUCUCAACAACGUCCACGUUGACAACUACUGCCUCCGACAGUCAUCGAGAUGCCGAGAAAGGAAUUGAUGAUCCUCAUGAAUGGAAACCGAGCAAGCAGGUCAAGAUCGUCGUAACUGUUCAGGCCUUUGCCUUCUGGAUAGCGACCUCUUACCUCUUGACCUCAGCAAUCUUCCAACCACCCAUUGCAGCCUUGUCAGACAUAUUUGGUCGUCAAGCGAUCUUUCUCCUCGCAAUUGCGCUCUUCACUAUCGGCUCCAUCAUCUGCUGCGUAUCCCAUAGCAUAGUCAGUAUGCUUAUCGGAAGAUCUAUACAAGGCAUCGGUGGUGGUGGCAUCCUCUCAGCCAAUCUUAUCAUCCUCAGCGACAUCAUUCCCCUCCGCCAAAGAGCCCAAUACCAAGGCUAUUUGCAGCUUGUGUUCGCUCUUGGAAGCAAUGUUGCACCCGUCAUUGGUGGAGUCAUCGUCGAAAGGAGUACCUGGAGAUGGCUAUUCUACAUCAACAUUCCUUUCUGUACCGAAGACGGCUACCAAGAAUCAGUUGCUCUCCAUCGAUUGAGUUGGGAUCUUUCUCAGCAUUGCCAGUACUACUUCAUUCUUGAUCGCUGGGGUGGCACAGAAUACUCCUGGUCUUCUGCUACAACACUCUGCCCUCUGGUCCUCGGACUUGUAGGUAUUGUUUGUACUAUCGUCUACGAGAUGAAGUAUGCCUCAACACCGUUCCUUCGAAUGUCGAUCUUUCGCAAUCGAUCGGCCAUCGCGGCGUACAUUUGCACGGUAUUCAUGGGCUUCAGCAUCUACGCCACUCUAUACUAUCUCGUUCUGUGGCUCCUCGCGGUCAAGGAGAUGUCAGAAAUCAUGGCGGGGAUAUGCACACUUCCUCUCGGAUUGACCGUGGUACCAAUCAGUGGCAUUACCGGCGGCGUCAUCACACGCACAGGCACUUAUCAGUGGGCCAUCUGGUCUGGCUGGGUGCUCGCUACCCUCGACAUUGGCGUCCUGGUCCAGCUUCAUCCUACCAUAUCAACUGUAGCCUAUGUCUUCAUGUUCAUCUGUGCUGGCAUAGUAUUGGGGCUACUGAUGAACUCACUCAGCGCCGCAGUGCAAGCCAUCUCACCAACAAAAGACAUUGCAUACGAAGCUUCCAUGUUUGCAUUCAUGAGGAGUCUUGGCCUGUAUCUUGGUGUCACACUAUCUCUCUUCUUUGUACUUUCAGUCCUGUAUGCUUUUUCCAUCAACGCCAGUCAAGGCCUGACCUGUAGACACCAUGUAAGCACGACCAGACACCCGGGCUCGACGUCCAUUCAUUCCGAAACCUUUCCCUGCAAUUUUGCGAACGAUCGAUUAUAA